CCUCGACGGACGUGAACGACGUUCAUCAUCGCUUGCUUCAACCAGCCUGGGCGGCAGUAAUGUUUCCCUGCCCCCAUGUCAAUAGACAUACCUUCAUUUCUCGACACCUGAGUGAUCAGAGAGUCUUUCAUAAUGAUAAGUACAGAACCUCGGUGACUUCGCGCAAGCCUCCAAUCCCGUAGCCAGCGCACAUCCCGAAGCAGCCCUGCCGAUCGACCUACUGCAACCGACGACGGCACCUCUGGCUCCGCUUGUAUCUAUCGCCAUCCCGUUUGGCAGUCCUAAACGAGGGUGCGUUGGGAAUUUUCGAAGCUGAGAAGGAUAUUUUGGCGACAUUUCUAGGCAAGGCUUAGGCAGUGCAGGCAGCAGUAACUCCUGAAGUUCACUUUCGCCUCGCAACUUGGUGACGGAUUCGCAGUUUUGGGGGUUAUUCGGCGUCUAGCCGUCCCUUCGCGUGCUUUCUGUCUUUUAGAGCAACUAGCUUUGUCUUGUUGAUUUGGUCGACAUACCUAUUCUUGGGCAAAAAAACCUAUCCUUCGGUACAUUGGAGGUGACAGGAUAGUGAGGAGAUUUUGGGUUUUCUACCCAGGUACCCACUCAAGUACCUGCCGACAUACCUAGGUACCUUACUACCUGCCUUACCUUACCUUCAGCUCCACCUAGUAUCUGCCUGUCUAGAUCCAGGUACCGGUAGAAUAGGCCGCAAAGGGGCGCUCCUUCCUUUCUCGGACUUGGACGAAGUGACUGGAGGAUUUUUAGGUCGUCGGCGGUGGUGGGUUCGAGAUUCGACCCGCCCAAACCCGCGCCAGCAGCAGCAGCAGCCAUGACAGCCCAACAACCCACCAAGUCGGAGAUCCAAAGCCUGGUCAGCCUGAUACAGAGCAAUACGCUUCUCAAUCGCCAGCUGCAGUCAAUCUGCCAAAUUAACGGUUUGAAGGGUUCCGGUGUAAAAGCCGACCUUCAGCGCCGUAUCGUGGAACAACUACCCUACAACUUAUCUGCUCUGUUGCACGGCGUCGGCGUAUCUGCACUGUCAUCAUCUUCUAACUUUCACGCAGUAAUCUACCAAUCCGAACGCGAUCGUUCCCGGUUUCAGCAAAUCAAGAGCAGCAUUGACAGCAUCAAGUCUGGUAAUCAGUACUACCCGAAUGCUCACUCGUCUACGCCUCCAAUCUAUGCGGCAUCUCGCACCAUGAACACGUAUUCGCAGUCAUCCACGACCUAUCCGGCCGCGGGCUAUCCUGCCUCGGGCCAUUCAAACAGCUACAGGCCCAACUCCGGGUUCUCGCACCAUGCCAGUCGUACGGGCCAGUCUCCCUCACCCUGGCUUCAACAUGUCCUAACAGUACCAGGACCAGGAGUUACUUUCAAGCCGAGUCCAUUCUACGAACCCAAGACACUUGUUGCCGACGUCAGGGUAUGUGAUGUUAUGGCACAUCACCGCAAUACGGUCACCAUCUCGUUAAAGGCCCAUGAGCUCGGCAGUCAUUUAUCCGAUCCGUCAAUCCGGAUCUUGGUGUUUUGUUCCACGGCGGAUACCGGCGUCCAGGACAUUGCCUUUCCCUACCAGUCGGAUCUCAAGGUUAAUGGGGGCGAAGUUAAGGCGAACCUCCGAGGCCUAAAGAACAAACCCGGCUCCACCAGACCCGUUGACAUCACUGACCAAUUGCGACUCAGGCCUGCGGGCUAUAUCAACAAUGUCGAGUUCACUUAUGCAUUGACCGACAAGGGACGUGUCCCAUCCAAAAAGAAGGAGACACAAAGGUAUUACAUUUCCAUCUACGCCUGCAAGUCGCACAAGGCCCCUGAGCUCGUCGAGAAGAUCCGGGCCGGCAAGAAGAUCCCCAGGGCUUCUGUGGUUUCGGAAAAGCAAGGCCCGCAAUGGAUAUGUCCCAUCUGCAACAAGCCCGCUCCCUUUGAUAGUCUUGCAGUUGACGAGUACGCCCGCGAGAUUUUAUCCAAGACGUCGCAGUCGAUUGAGCAGGUCACCAUCGAUCCCAGUGGAGAAUGGCGAAUACCAGGCUCAGAGCCGGUUGAUUUGAGGGACGAGCCCGCGAAUGGAGGUGGUAAUGAGACCAACUACAUUGUUGAUGAUGAAGUGAUAUUAUCCGACAUCAGCAUUUUCAGCGGUCGCAGGACAGCCACCCCGAGUCGGUCAUUACAGCUACCCAGCACUCCCACUACCGGAGUCUCGAGAGAAGGAUCAACCAUGCCCCGUUCGGUUGCCUCGGCGGGAACUAAGCGCUCGGCAGCAGUCAUUGAUCUGACACUAUCGGAUGAUGAUGAGCCUUCUGAUCCCCCGCCGACUAAAAGGCAGAACGUCAAUGGCUUCUACUAGAGUCACCCGUCAUCCUAAAGCCUGCCACUAGUCGAGCAUUAUAAUAUGGUUCGGCUUGCGGGAUGAAGCCAGUUGGUCUUCGAGGCGAAAUGAGUGAGGACUUGCAGCACUCAUCAUCGUAGAUUGAUACUGUAUUCGAUAAUGUUUUCCUUAAUUUGGGACCUCAGGCAAGGCGUUUAGGGGUUACAAAUCUAUCCAUGCAAUAGGAGGGGCGAAAAUUCAGGGCUUACAGAGAGAGGUUCGCUGUUAUUCUUUAUGUAAGGCUGGGUGACUGAACAUUUUCGGCCUCCAUACCGCAAAGUGUAGGAGGACCCCGGUCCGUUGAUUGAGCUUUCGAGCAUUAUACCACACGUUUGCAUGCUUGCAUUUCCCAAAGAGCAUGCGCUACAGGAGAUGUAAUUAAAUCAGCGUCGACUUGAUUUUUUUACAGCCAUAAACAAUGAGUGCGAUUACAAUCGAAAAAUAGUGACAUUGAAAGAGUAAAUGGUCAGGG